CUUUCUGAGAGGAGACUCCUGAUCUCAAGAUGCCGGUGAGGAGGGGGCACGUGGCCCCCCAAAAUACCUACCUGGACACCAUCAUCAGGAAGUUUGAAGGACAGAGUCGGAAGUUCCUGAUAGCCAACGCCCAGAUGGACAACUGCGCUAUUAUCUAUUGUAAUGAUGGUUUCUGUGACAUGUUUGGCUACUCCAGGGUGGAGGUCAUGCAGAGACCUUGUACUUGUGACUUUCUAACGGGUCCAGAAACCACCCACGGCAGCAUUACACAACUUACUCAGGCCCUACUAGGAUCUGAAGAGCGAAAGCUGGAGAUCUUAUACUACAGGAAGGAAGGUUCCUGCCUGCAGUGCCUGGUGGAUGUUGUCCCGGUAAAGAACGAAGAAGGAGAUGUCAUCAUGUUUAUCUUAAACUUUGAGGAUCUGGCGUUGCUGCUGGCAAGAAAAGCUAACAAGACACUUCAUCAGAGGUUGACACGAGCUGCCUUCAAUUCAGAAAGGUCAAAAACGAAGUCGGGCUUCUUGAAUUCUUCUGCUGAUUCAGACCUCAUGAGGUACAGAACUAUCAGUCAAAUACCCCAGUUUACACUCAACUUUGUGGAAUUCAACCUAGAAAAGCACCGGUCAGCUUCCACAACAGAGAUUGAGAUUGUUGCCCCUAGCAAUGCCUUUGAGAGGACACAAAAUGUCACAGAAAAAGUGACCCAGGUCCUUUCCCUAGGGGCAGACGUGUUGCCAGAGUACAAGCUGCAGGCACCGCGGAUACACCGAUGGACCAUCCUCCAUUACAGCCCUUUCAAAGCAGUGUGGGACUGGUUAAUCCUGCUGCUGGUCAUCUACACUGCGGUCUUUACCCCAUACUCAGCAGCCUUUCUGCUAAACGACCAGGAGGAAGAAAGAACCUGGGAAUGCGGCUAUUCUUGCAACCCCCUCGACAUCGUGGACCUGAUAGUGGACAUUAUGUUCAUUGUAGACAUUGUCAUCAAUUUCCGCACCACUUACGUCAACGCUAAUGAUGAGGUGGUUAGCCACCCAGCCAAGAUUGCCAUCCAUUAUUUUAAAGGCUGGUUCCUUAUAGAUAUGGUGGCGGCAAUUCCUUUUGAUCUGCUUAUCUAUAGGACGGGCUCAGAUGAGACCACCACUCUGAUUGGCCUCCUAAAGACAGCGCGUUUGCUGCGAUUAGUGCGUGUUGCCCGGAAGCUGGAUCGGUAUUCUGAAUAUGGAGCUGCUGUCUUAUUCCUUCUCAUGUGCACAUUUGCCCUCAUUGCUCACUGGCUGGCCUGCAUCUGGUAUGCCAUUGGCAAUGUGGAGAGACCCUACAUGGAGCACAAAAUUGGCUGGCUGGAUAAUCUGGCCAACCAAAUUGGAAAGAGCUACAAUGACACUGAUAUGUCAUCAGGACCCUCCAUCAAAGACAAGUAUGUGACAGCCCUGUACUUCACCUUCAGCAGCCUGACCAGUGUUGGAUUUGGAAACGUCUCCCCAAACACCAACUCAGAGAAGGUCUUCUCCAUAUGUGUCAUGCUGAUUGGAUCCCUCAUGUACGCCAGUAUCUUUGGCAAUGUCUCCGCCAUUAUCCAGCGCUUGUACUCCGGCACUGCACGUUACCACACCCAGAUGUUACGUGUGAAAGAAUUUAUCCGCUUCCACCAGAUUCCCAACCCGCUGAGGCAGCGACUGGAAGAGUAUUUCCAGCACGCUUGGUCCUACACCAAUGGCAUCGAUAUGAACGCGGCUAAUAUUCAUCCUGCGGCUGGAUCUCAAGCAAAGAUCAUCUGCCAGGUGCUGAAAGGAUUCCCGGAGUGCCUACAGGCGGACAUAUGCUUGCAUCUUAAUCGCACACUGCUUCAAAAUUGCAAGGCCUUCAGGGGAGCGACCAAAGGAUGCUUGAGGGCACUGGCCAUGAAGUUCAAGACUACACAUGCUCCACCGGGGGAUACCCUGGUUCACUACGGGGAUGUGCUCACCACCCUCUACUUCAUCUCUCGUGGAUCAAUUGAGAUACUCAGGGAUGACAUUGUGGUGGCUAUUUUGGGAAAAAAUGACAUUUUCGGUGAGCCCAUCAGCCUGUUUGCCCGUCCUGGAAAGUCAAAUGCAGAUGUGAGGGCUCUGACUUAUUGUGACCUUCACAAGAUCCAAAGAGAAGACCUUCUAGAAGUACUGGACAUGUAUCCAACAUUCUCUGACUGCUUCUGGAGCAACCUGGAGAUCACUUUCAACCUAAGAGAUGCAGAUAGUAUUCCUCGUUCCCCUGGGAGCGCAGAGUAUAACUGCAGUUACCGUAAGCCACGUAGAUGUAAACAAUCAGGACGUCGCAGGAAGAAACAAGUGGAUGGCAUAGAUGAUAUCAAUUCAGAUGCCGAACAGUAUCACACCUACUCUGAGCUGACCAAUCUCCAGCGACCGCUAAGUAGAGAACAAUGGGAUGAAAUGGCGAGCAGCACUACUCCAUGCUCCCAGACCAGCGAUGAUGAAACCAAACCGCUAAACUCAGGCCGUAUGGACAGGCUACCUUCGGACAAGCAAGAAUUCAUUCCAGCUGUAGUGAACUUGGUGACAGCCAACAUCAGCAGCCACGAAGGAGGCAGAAAGGUGUUGGAGACAGUGGAGACGUAUUCAGCUUCUCCUAUUGAGGUUCCGAAUUUGUUCAGUUUCUGGGGGGAAAGACGGUCAGCUGCAUGUCCAGAAGCCCCAGAACAUAUUUCUAUAGUGCACAAUUCCCUGGAUCCACCACUUAGUCCUGAUGAUCGACCAGGAGAGGUGGAGUCACGACUGGAGCUCCUCCAGGCUCAGUUGGACAGGUUGGAGUCCAGGAUGUCUUCAGAUAUCAACAUAAUCCUACAGUUACUGCAGAGACAACUCUCUCAGAUCCCUCCUGCUUAUAGCCCCAUCUCUCCCAGUUCCCACACUCUAGGACUCUAUCACUCAGGAUCCAAGAGUCUGGAGCCUAUACAGAGCAACACGUCCCUUCCAACUGACUCUCCCCUCUCUCCUCUUCAGAGUCCAGGACUGACUGACUACAACGAUUUAGAACCUCUUAACCUUAAACCUAAUGUUCUGCAUCUCAGUCCUAGUCCCCAAGAACCCCUUGGUAUGAUACCAGGACCUGGAUAUCCUCAGACCCAUCCUAUCCCACCUCCUGAACCCCCCUCCCAUGCAAUCUUGGGGAGCUUCCGCUUUCCAUCUCUGCCUGAUCAUUUGGAGUGCACUUCUCCACCGGACCUGGAAUUUCAAAGACACUUUUCAGACCCUGUUCUCCCAGGGAGUUAGAGCCAUGGAGAAGGAUAUGGAAGAAGAUUACCUGUUUUCUUUACACGGUUGAGGAGGGGAGAAAGAUGUUUUAUAGCCUGUGUUCCCCCUCCUUUAUAUGCAUAGAAUAGAUUUUUGUGGGCCAUUUCUACUGGAAGAAGAGGUAAGAUUAAAGUGCACUUCCAAGAAGUCAGACUCUUCAAGGUGGUGGCACUGCUCUUACUACAAAGUGGGUCUCCGUUUCUUGACAUCUCAUAAUUCUUAACAAUACUAUGUGCUAGUGAAAUUCUCAUCUACUAAGGAAAAGACAAAGAGAUGGAGAGCGACACCAGUAGAGACUGUAAGCAAACCUACCUGAGAAUGUGAGCGGUACCACAGCAGGCACAAAUCUGAAGAAAUAAUUAGCUCUUCUAUCAGGGAACUUAGUAGGGCAUGCAAUCCUAUGACCAUGAUUUGAGUGGCAGAUGAAUUUUAGGAAGGAGAUUAUAAUUGUUGGGGUCUAAGUGACAAAGCUACACUAAUAAUACAAUGAAGCAAUGUAUUCUUCAAUUGCUUCACAGACUUACAUAUUUAAUAUUGUCAUAUAGAGCAGCAGAUCUGACUUAGCACCACGAUAUAUUGAUCCCUGUUCUGGAAUAUAUUACUGCACAUCAUUCAUUCAAGAUAUACAGUACUGUAAUUUACUUAUAAACAUGAGUGUCGGUACAUAUACUGCAAAAUGUGGUAGGAUCUUGGCAGUUCAGUUAUCCCUUAUGCACUCUGUUUCCCCCAUCUUGUUUUGUAAUUUUGUCAUGGUCAACUUCCGCUUAUGUCCAACUGCUGGUGACUGAAUUUUGCACAUAAUAACUAUAUAUUUGAAAAAGCCAUAAAAUUAGGGCAUGAUACUGUUAUAAGGCUGUUCAGUUUCCCAUCCCUUUAGUAGACGUAGAGUAGCAAUAUAGAAUACAAAAAUAUCUUAUUAGACAUUCUGCACUUCAGUAUGGCAAGAAUCUACAGAAUUUCACAGGUCAAGUCUUCCAUCUCUGACUUUUGAGCUCCUCAUCAUUCCCACCAAAAUUCAC